AUGGCUGGCCCUUUACUUUACUCCCACUUGGGUGAAAAGAUUGUUUUCAAACUAGCGACGCCCUCUAGCGAGAAAGAUGUGGUCCUUUCUUUGGGUCCUUCAGGUCAGGAUAUUUCUUUGGAAAGCCCUGAAAUCUUCCCUACGAGAGGCAAAAUAGUGAAAAGCGCAGCGCUGAUAGGCUGCAUUAAGCUUAAGCUUAACUCCUACGCGAUUUUUGCUCACCGGGUGGAGGAGUUUGGAGUGCUUGCUGGGCACAGAAUCUUCAAGGUCGUAGAGCACACCAUUUUACCUCUAAACAAGGGUGGCCAAAGAGACAAAGAUGAACAGCAGUACUUGGAUCUGUUGGAAAUGCAGCUUUCGAGUGCUACCUUAUUUUAUUCUUACACAUACGACCUGACCAACUCCGCGCAGAGAAACGAAAAGCUCGACGGAAGCUCGUGGAAGACUGCUGACACCCGUUUCUUCUGGAACCACUAUGUGACGCAUUCCUUGCGGACCUUAGCUGAAAAAUGCCCUGCAGCCGGUGACUUUAUUCAGCCCAUGAUAUUUGGCUACGCGCAUUUUAUUGAGACAGCGCUCAACAAUGUGCCGAUUACCAUCGGCUUGGUCACGAGAAGAAGCAGGUUUAGAGCGGGAACAAGAUACUUUCGCCGCGGUAUUGAUUCCGAUGGUAAUGUGGCCAACUUCAACGAAACUGAGCAAUUUCUCUUGGUCAAAAAGCCUGAAGGAGGGAACUCCGAAUUCUUUUCAUUUUUGCAGACAAGAGGUUCCGUGCCAGUCUACUGGGGGGAGAUUAACAAUUUGAAGUACAAGCCCAACCUUGUUCUUGGGGAAAAUUCUUCACUGGACGCCACCGCCAAGCACUUUGACCAGCAAAAAAGCCUAUAUGGGGAAAACUACUUGGUGAACCUUGUUAACCAAAAGGGACACGAGUUGCCAGUAAAAAAUGCGUACGAGUCCGCUGUCAACGCUUUGAACGAUCCAAUGAUCCAUUACGUUUAUUUCGACUUCCACCAUGAGUGUCGCAAGAUGAAGUGGUACAGGGUCAAACUGUUAAUUGAUCAUUUGCAGAAAAUGGGCCUAGACCCCGAGGAUACUUUCCAUAAAAUUGUGUCUCCUGACGGCAAAACAGUGGAUGUUGUUAGGGAACAAAAGUCGGUUGUGAGAACCAACUGUAUGGACUGUUUAGAUAGGACUAACGUUGUGCAAUCUGUGUUAGCAAGUUGGGUUUUGCAACAUGAAUUUCAGAUUGCAAACGUUGUUCCUGAAGGUACUUUGUGGGAGCUGGAUUUGAAGCUUCUGGCAAAGUUCCAAAACUUCUGGGCCGACAACGCCGAUGCUGUUAGUUUCUCAUACUCAGGAACAGGCGCCCUGAAAACCGAUUUCACGAGAACCGGCAAGCGUACCCGUAAGGGCGCAUUCGCUGACUUUAUGAAUUCAGUAUCGCGUUACUACCAGAACAACUUAAGCGAUGGACCUCGUCAGGAUAGCUUUGAUUUAUUUCACGGAAACUUUUUACCAUUUGAGAACAGUUUCCAAUCUCCCUUCCCCGACAGAAGACCUCUUUCGAUCCAAAUUGUGCCUACAGUAAUCUGUGCUGCGAUCACGGUUAUUGCAGCCACUGUAUUUUUCCCCAAGGGCCACUUCUUUAGCACCAAGAACCUUUCAUUUUUCUUUGUCUCGAGCGCUAUCGUGAUUUUGUCUCUGAGAUUUAUCUUUAGAAAUGGCGAACAAUACGUCAACUGGCCCAAGUUCAACAAUCUAGGAUUCUUGACGGCGGUGCAAACUCACAACAAGGAGCGCACCUUUAAAGGUAUAAGAUACGUGCAAAGCCCUAAAUUCUCCAAACCUGGCGAGCUGAAGAGAGACUAG